CCUACGUGAACCACCACCACCACUUCUGAAAUCUUUUGUGCUGCAGUCUUGGACCAAUGGCAGUCGGGUGUGGGCGUGUUCCGAAAGGUGAGCUGCUCUUUGGAGUUUAGUAAAUGACUGCAGCAAGAUGCACAGAAGGGUCGACUGUGGCUGCUGAGCUCUAAAGCAAUGGGACAAAUAACUCUUUUGCGAUUAUUGCGAGGAUUUUGAUGGGGCAAUGAAGAUCAACAUGGAAACGAAAACGUGUCGCGUCUCGUAAAGCUCAACCAGACAAUGGAACUAGCUUCUUGCAGCAUUAACAGCUCUUCACCCCGGGGAGGAAAUAAAAAAAUUACCUGCAGAAGAACAACACAUAGCAACGCCGGGAUCCAAACAACUACGUGUGGCUUGAACAAGUCACCUGUUCUGGUAUGCACUUAAGCCAACGCGUAAAGAAGAAACUCUAUUUCGUAUGUGUUGGCGAACUUCCCUGGAAUUCCUCUACUAGUCGGGAAACAACGAAUAGUUCAUUUUGCUUGGGAUUUGGACUCUACAGCGCUAACCAUUCUAGUAACUAGACACAUUUAUGAAGAAACAUGUUCAAAUUCCCCGUGCAAGAAACCAGGUCUGUGUAUAAUUGCAAUGGAUUCACUAUAAUGAACCUGUGAAAUGUAUCUCAGCUAGUUACAGCACGGUCCCCCAACGAACACUGUAACCUGGGUGAGAUUUUGUGUCUGCGUCUGUCUCUGUAACUGUCCGUGGUCCUGACCAGAGAACUCAGAGAACAGAGGUGCAUUGCAUAUCGAUAUCGAAAAUGAUUCCUUUGCCUAUAUGGUCUUGAAUAUUUUUUGGCGGCUUCCUUGGGGAUCUGGAAUCCGAAAACAAGCAACAGAAGAAUUGCUCACCUCUGGAGUCCCUCGUCGCACAAGGAAUCGUAGGCUACUAUCGGCAUUCUAGGCUGUAGCUGUAAACUAAACUGCAAGAUGCUUCUCAUACCAACAAAAAUGUACAGAGUUAACGCCCUCGGAAUCUAUCUGUGGGAAACUGUUGUUUUUUUCAGCUUGGCGGCAUCAAAAGAAGCAGCAGCUCGCAAAGCCAGCACACCGAUGCCCCCGUCAGAGUUCUUGGAUAAACUCAUGGGAAAGGUGUCGGGUUACGAUGCAAGGAUCAGGCCUAAUUUUAAAGACCCACAAGGCCCCAAACCGGAUGGUACUCACAAGAAAGGUCCACCUGUCAACGUAACAUGCAACAUUUUUAUUAACAGUUUCGGCUCCAUUGCUGAGACCACAAUGGACUAUAGAGUGAACAUUUUCCUGAGACAGCAAUGGAAUGACCCCCGCCUGGCCUACAGCGAAUAUCCCGAUGACUCCCUCGACCUUGACCCCUCCAUGUUGGACUCAAUCUGGAAACCUGAUCUGUUCUUUGCCAACGAAAAAGGAGCCAAUUUCCACGAGGUCACGACCGAUAACAAGCUGCUAAGGAUCUCGAAAAAUGGCAAUGUGCUCUACAGUAUAAGAAUUACACUGAUUCUGGCAUGUCCGAUGGACCUGAAGAAUUUCCCCAUGGAUGUGCAGACUUGUAUCAUGCAGCUUGAAAGCUUUGGAUAUACAAUGAAUGACCUCAUAUUUGAGUGGGACGAGAAAGGAGCCGUACAGGUGGCUGAUGGCCUGACAUUACCUCAAUUUUUGCUGAAAGAGGAGAAAGACUUGCGGUACUGCACCAAGCACUACAAUACAGGAAAGUUCACCUGCAUUGAGGCCCGAUUCCAUCUGGAGAGGCAGAUGGGUUAUUACCUCAUUCAGAUGUACAUCCCCAGUCUUCUGAUUGUCAUUUUGUCAUGGGUGUCCUUCUGGAUCAACAUGGACGCCGCCCCCGCUAGAGUGGGCCUGGGCAUCACCACGGUGCUGACCAUGACCACGCAGAGCUCCGGUUCCCGCGCUUCCCUGCCCAAGGUGUCCUAUGUGAAGGCUAUUGACAUCUGGAUGGCCGUGUGCCUGCUGUUCGUGUUCUCUGCCCUGCUCGAGUACGCCGCCGUCAACUUCAUCGCCCGACAGCACAAGGAGCUGCUCCGCUUCCAGAGGAGGAGAAGACACCUCAAGGAGGAUGAAGCUGGAGAGGGUCGCUUUAGCUUCGCUGCCUAUGGCAUGGGGCCCACCUGUCUGCAGGCCAAAGAUGGCAUGGCCAUCAAGGGCAACAAUAACAACGCGCCGGCCUCCAACAACCCGCCAGAGAAGACCGUAGAGGAGAUGCGCAAGCUUUUCAUAGGUCGGGCCAAGCGAAUCGACACGGUGUCACGUGUGGCCUUCCCCUUGGUCUUCCUCAUUUUUAACAUUUUCUACUGGAUCACCUACAAGAUCAUUCGCGUCGAAGAUGUCCAUAAGUAGUAAAGGGAAGGACGGGCAGAGAGGAGACGGUGAAAAGAGAUAGAGAUGGAAGAAAAGAAGAAGAAGAAGAAGAAAAACAUGGCCAACGUGCCCCCACCACAUUUUCACGCCACUCCCAUCUUUCCUGCUCUUCCUCUUCCUCUACUCCACCAAUGGCUUUCGAUGGCGGCCCUUUCAGCAGAGGUAUUUCCCUAUUUUCUUCUUCUUUUUUUUUUAAUCCUACUCCGCCCCUGUCCCCCUCUCCUGAAUAACCGGACCUGUGCAAUAGCAAUGCAGUCAAAUGCAUGAUAUCAUGAAUGUGGCAAUAUAUUUACUGAAAAAAAAUAAAGAAAAGAAAAUACAAGCGACUGAGUAAACAGACCUUUGCAAAUACAUCAGAGACCCAAUGAACCGAACGCUGAAAAACUCCUCCAAGGAGCAUGAUGUUCAUUGCGAGACGAUAUUUUUUUUUGCAACUGGAAGACAUACUCUGCAUUAUAAGAACUGAAGUGGGAGUCAUGCAGCACUGUAAUAUACCACAUAUCUAUGUUUAAAAAGACAAGACAAAAACGAAUUUCUUCCAGGAAAAGUCUGCUGGGAUUAGAGGGGUUUCGAAGGUUCUGAGGUAGUCUGGUGCUUCCAUUAAAGAAACGAUGCAAGGACCACUGUGUCCUCCUACUGCUCAAGCUACAAUAUGUGUAUUGCAAGCACUUGUCAAAGCUUUCCCUGAAUCUUGGAUGCCACGAGGAGGACUCCACAUCUAUAUACAUGACGGGGACAUGACUCGUGCACGUGGAGAAGAAUACUGUUUAUACAAGCUGUGUUCCUUUAUCUCUCCUUUACGUUUCUGCUCGAUGACAUAUUAGUAUUGAUUUAUGUGCCAAGUGAACAUCAUUUUGCUGUAAUACUUUAAUACUAUUUUUUUUUUUUUUGCUCAACUUCUUGGAGUUGACGGAAGAGAAAAAGAAUAUAUACUCCUUACGCGACAUUCCUUCAUUGUUACAUUGAUUUGUUCAUAUGCCUAUUUUUUUGACGGAUUUCGUAUUUACAAAAAAGAGAAAAAAAAGGACGAAAAACAUAUAUAUGUAUGGUGAAAUUCAUAUUAAAUCAUUGAUUACAAUUCUGAGGGAAAUAAUAAAAAAAAAACUGUUGCUCCCCACUGGUUCUGCAAUGAGCUCCAUUGGUAACCUUUUAUGUGCUGCUCAUGUCAACAGUUCAAGAGCCUGUCACUCACUGGGGGAAGAGACAAGGGGAGAACGAGAAGCGAGUGAUCUUUCCAAAAGGUCGAGUUCCACCCUUUAUUUAACCCCCCUGUCAUUGAAUACAUUACAUUAAUGUACAGUCGCCGGACAACAACCUGUCAAUGUCAAUGUCAUUUUCUUUUUCUUUUUUAAACUUGAUUACAGAGCAACUGAGCCAGUGUUGGAAAACAGUAGUCCUCAGAACUGAAUUUCUCUCUAAGAAAUUAAAAAGUGCAUUGAUAAAAGUGCACUGAAGCCGGACUUAAACCGACUUAAACUACUACAUCAGUCAACACACAAUUCUCAACCAAUGGCAUAGAGGGAGAGAACACACAUCCCACAAUUCAUUGCUUUUAUGUAUUUUUUUCACCAGGCUUCUCUAUGCAAAUAAUAUAUAUGCAAUUAUUUUAAGCUUUGCCAUACUGUUGAUCUCAAAAGGGGUCUUUUGGAUUUAUGUGCCAUCAAGUUUUAAUCUGAAACAUCCGAGCACUUGUAGGAGCAGGGAGGCCUUUGAAGGUUUGGUUUUAUGCCUCACGUGCAUAAUUAUGCCAACUCAUUUGAUCCUCAAAGAGUAGCAUUUAUUAUCAGAAGUCACUUUUUAAGACACUUCAGUUAAACUAUGCAUGGUGAAUAUUUGUUUUGUUAUUUAUUUUUUUUGUAGCCGUCUGUGUUGGUUGAAGUUCAAAAUCGGACCCAACCACCUUAUGCAUGGAUUACCUCAUUGUUUACAGGUUGUUUACUUAAAGAGAAAAACAGCGGCAAUUGAUUUUAUAAUUUAUUCAGUUCAAAAGAUUUUAAAGGAUGUUGUCUCAGCCAACUUCUUUUCAUUUUUUUCUUUCAUUUUUUAAGAGUAACUAUUGUUCUCUUCAAGUAUCCCUCUUUGAUUUUUGACUGCAUCUUCUUGAUCUACUUGGAGACUGAUUUUCGUUUGGAAUUACAUUAAGUAUUUCAGGUAGCAUCGUAGCGUGUUGGUACUCAUGGGACCAUUUUAGUGCAAUAUCAUUACUUGCCCAUUUUGAGUCAUGUUUUGUUGCCCAGUUGGUUUAUUUUAAAAACCAAAGAAUCACUUUGCUGUUUUCAUUGCCUUGAUGGGAGAUCCUUUUCAACUAUGCUCAAUAUGUUCAAUUUCUGAGGCUUAACUUACUUUGCAUCUAAGUCCAUAAAUCUCUAUAUUUCAUCCAAACAAAAACAAACAUUCUUUCACGUGUAUGGGGAAUAGUGCAUUUACAACAAAAACAUAAUCGUAUAACUCCUUCCUAAAAAAUAGACCUUCAAUGAUACUCCUCUUCAUUUUAUUUGAACAUUUUCAACAUGAUCAAAUGUAAAGUUAUCAUGAAGUAAUUGUAACUAAGUUGUGUCCAAUAACAUGAAGUGAAUAUCAAAUUCGAAGGGCUGUUUUAUACUAGCAUUUCACAUCUCAUGACAAUACCAAACUCUCUGUCAUUGAGCCUUGAUCAGCUCAGUAUGUUAACUUAACAUGCAUAAAGAAUUUGGAUUAUAAAGUUGGUUACUCAUUCUAAAGUUGACAGGAUCAGGAAAGCUGCAUUUGCCCAAAUUCAGUUUGACCAUACUCAACAUCAUUCAAAUUAUCAGGUAGCAUUAGUAUACGCCAGGGCAGUACAAUGUUAGUGCAAAGUGAAGCAAUAUUGAGGGUCCCGGGUUUUAUGUGCUUUGAGGUAAAAGGCUUUGAAAAACAGAAAUUCAACAAUUACAUGUUCCAUCAUUACAUCCACCUGAUUUCAUUUCAUCCCUGAGAUGAACUGUUCUUCAUCUACGCUAGAAUAGGCUAUGUUGUUUCUGUUUUAAAAGGAGAUGCUUGAAAACAAAAAAUCAUAUCACCAGAGUCCAUAGGGGUCCAAGACAAACAGGGGUUAUAUUCCCAAACAGCAAGGCUGACGCUGUGUACCAGAGUUGAUCUUACACCACUGCUUCUUUGAUAAGUAUUGCUUGUCACAUGUGACAUGAUCGGCCUGCUAGAAUGCCCAUUGGAUUACCAUGGCAACACUGGUUACACUCUUCUCGCCCCUUAAAGGUUCAAGUUCAUUGUUCCUAUAGCAACCUAAUGUUGGAUUAAGAUCAGAGGAACUGUAUCAUAUGCAAUUUUGGAGGCUAAAUUUUGGAGGCAUAAUAAAUACUUCUAAUUGUCAAUUAAAUGUCUGCACCAGUUCUUUAAAUAAUGAAUUUAUUAGGCAUGUUUUGUGUUCCGAUUUUUACUCCAUUAUUUCUGUUGUUUUUCUUAUGAACUAUCUAAGCAAUUGUGAGUGAACUCAAAGACAGGCAUGGUCAUUCUUGAACCUCUGUGAGUGAUUCAAAGGGAAAGUUUUAUUUUUGCACAAGUUGGUAUGGCCUUAAUUUUGGUUUACAUGCUUAUUUUGUGUGGGUUGGCACCAAGUGCACAUCUUAAUUUGCUAAUUCUCAUAUUCCAAGAGUGCACUUCAAGGCAGGCAAAAAGUUUAGCAAAAUCCUUUUUAUUUUUUAUUUCUAAAUCUAAAACACUGAAUAUUUUGCAUGGAUAUAAAUACAAUGGCAGAUAUUUUUGGCUUGUACAGAAAUGUGAGCAAUUUGAUGAAAAAAUGGAAUGUAUAAUUUCUGCUGUAUCUGUAUAUAACAAAAUAUUUAUUGAACUAUGUCAUUAAUGCUAAUUCUAAUUCUACUAUUAAAGGUUUUCUGAACAAAAAAUCUCCUAUUUGUUUCUGAACAUUGUUAAGGUUGAUGAAGCUGGACCAUUGUUUACUGUUACUCUUCUCAAGGAUCUAUGUAAUCAUAAAAUAUUAAAAGUUUAAAAAAAAGGAAAGAAAAAA